UUCCAAUGUGGUCGGAGCGCAUGCGCUUUGCGCUGUCCUAGAAAUUGCCCUCUGUCUACGCGAGUUAGAAGACCUUUCAGCUUCAGUUCCUAGAUGCUGGCGACGGAGUGAAACGAUUUCAUGAUCUUUUUUGCUCCUAUUCCUUAAUAUAGUGGCAAUGGCGGGAGUCCUGAAAAAGACUACUGGGCUUGUGGGAUUAGCUGUAUGUAACAAUCCACAUGAACGCCUCAAAAUACUAUAUACAAAAAUUCUGGGUAUUUUAGAGACUAUGCCUCAGGAUGCAGCAUACAGGAAAUAUACAGAGAAAUUUACAAAUGAACGGUUUGAUAUAGUGAAAGCAGAACCUGAUGUGCGAAGGCUGGAAAACAAAUUAAACUCUGGACAGAUAGAAGAAGUGAUUCUGCAGGCUGAAAAUGAACUUUCCUUAGCCAAGAAAAUGUUGAAAUACCGUCCUUGGGAACCUUUAGUUGAAGAACCUCCAGAAAACCAGUGGAAAUGGCCAGUGUAAUUAACAGUGUUUUAACCUUCAGAGGAAACAGAAUUAUUUCAUUAAAUGUAUGCUGGACAUGACUGAAAUUGUCUAUUUAUCCAAACUUUGUCUCAAUAUAAAAUGGAGGGUCACUACAUUCAUGACACAGUAAGAAAUGUUUUUCAGAGUAAUAUCAUUCUUUGAAUAGCUACAUAUAUAAAUAUCCCUGUACUUUCUUUUUCCCUGUUGCACCAAGUUCAUACUCUUAAUUAAAUGGUAGAACAAAGUUUAGAAAGAGUACAAAGGAUUCUCCUGAACUCUUCUGCUAAAGUACUGUGAAAAUAUACAUUUAUCCAUUCAGAAUAAGGGACAGUAAAAUAGUUUAUAUUAAGAGUCCAGUACCAAAAAUAUAUUAUCUGCACUAGGUCCUAACUCUAUAUUCAAAGGGGAAAAUAAGUAAAUUGUUACUUUAUUGUUAUGCUGUUUAUGAAUUUGUUCUUGCAGCAUUCUUGAGAGAAAUGCUACAUGGAUUCUUGCUUGAAUUGUAUGCUUUGUAUAUUACAUCCAUACAUACACUCUCAUGCGCUAACUUUAUCAAAACUUCCCCAGCUUACUAAAUACAUAUACAUGAAAGAAAAUUAAAAUCUCAAAGUUUUCAAAGGGUAGCAAUGAGAUUACUAGAUCUGUUUUAGUCUGCUGCUCUGAAAAGACCAGGAAUAUGUUUGAAUGUGUGCCUAUAUUAUUUAUCAAAUUCACAUAGUGUGCUGAAAUAUUUAAUACCGGUAUGUUUCUGAAGGUAACAUAAAUUUUUAUUUUCUGUAAAUUUCUCUCUAUUUUUUCAUCUUGAACAGUAUGGAGAAAGUGUGUUUCAGAACUAAUCCCGUUAUCUCAGAUUAUGGUUUCAACAAUCUUUAGUUCUCACUGUUAAACAAACCCUGAGCCAAUGAUGAUUGUAGGCAAGCAAAUAGAGAGAAUUGUAGAUUGAAGUAAAAAAUAGCAAAAUAGACAAGGAAACUAAUGUGCUGAUAUUUGAUCCAAUUAGAAUUAGUUUUUGCACAUUUAUAAUCUUUAAAAUCUAUGUGGUCACUAAGAGUCAACAACUUUAUGGCAUGUAAGCAGUGAUCUCUAGAUAUAUUAGUAUAUUCUGUAAAGUACUGUCAUUGUAAUAACUAUAGAUUUGGUUUGGUGGGAUUAAUUGCUAAAUCAAGUCCACUCAGUUAUGUGUGUGGUUUUUUAAAGUGUGUCUUAGCAAGCCACAAGAGGGCUCUGUAUAUAGCGAAUGCUGCAUUCUUUUCAGGAUGUGAGUUGGUUAAAGGGGAGAAUUCAGCUCUGAGGAGCAUUUAACAUCACUACUAGUCAGAAGCAAAUGUAUUUGCCAGCUGUAAGUUUACAACUGCAUAGAAUUUUAUUGUUAAAUAGGACUAGCUUUUAUUUAGAUAUAGCUGGCAUGUUUGUUUCUAUUGCUUCACUUGAAAACAGUUGGUAUUAUGAUUGUAUUUUCUAUCACUAUAUUAAACUUUUGGAGUGUUUUUAGUGU